AAGAUUACGUAAGGAGUAAUUUAACACCGUUAUUUUCAGGUAAAUUUUAUACAAGAUGAAGACAGUGGAACCGUGCAGAGGUGCUAUAUAAGUGCAAAUGAUUACGUGUGUAUGUGUUUGAGCAUGUAUGCUGGGAAAUUCUCGGGGUUGAUGUUGACAUCUCAAGUAAAGGCUGCAAAACGAUGUAUCGAGGGUUUGUGGUGUUAACUAUGCGAGGAGAAACACCCAAGAGAAACUGAUCGAGACACAACACCAUAAUACGACUGCCGGAAUCGCCUAUCGUAACUGAGUACCCAUCUUCGUGUGUCAACAAGUGCAAGUGAUAUUUGGGUUACAGUAAGCCGGACGUUCAAUCCGCUUUCCUUUCGUAAGCAGAAACCACACAAUAUUGCUUUCAGUGAUGAACCUAUUAUAUUAAAUGCAGCGAUACCGUGAUCAGCACUGUACCAAGGCAAUACAGGCUUGGAGGUACAUCCAGUACAUUCAUGGUUGGGGCUGUAUCUCGUGUAAACAGGAUAUAACGUAAUCUAGUGCUACCGGAAUACAUCGUCAUCACGUCCUUCCCCCACCAGAUUUAUACAUUUUCGGUAUUCGUAAUGAAUAUCACAAGUGUAUAGGUAUGAAAUACAGUGUUGUAGCGUAUAUAUAGUGUCUUUGGAUACUAUCCCGAAAGUCGUAUCCACGGAUUGUGUCCAAAAAUAAUCGGAGAUACAAACAUCCGUUUUAUCCCACGCACACGAAGAUGUCUUUACAAGCAUUGAUGUGUCGCAGACACCAAAAAUACCGCAGAUAUUUUAUACUGGCCGUCUGUGGUGUUUUACUAUAUAUUUUGUUGUCUUCAGGCCAGUCAACGUUUUCCGAUAUCGUAAGACGCAAAACAUUCGAACUUCGUCAGCAGAGUGAUAUAAAUGCAUUUAACAGCUUACAUAACCACCAUCGGUUCCUACAAUCGGAUCAAGUGUGCGUUCAUCCUGCGCUAGAAAUUAAUCACCUUUCUAUUCGACACUUUUUUGAGGAUAGAAAACCGGUGGAAUGUUCCAAAGACAAAAAUUGGGUUUACGUUCACAAUGGAACAUUUCGCAUCAACAAGGAUUCAGAAAAACUACAUGGUAAGGUGGAGUGUGAAUAUGUGCCUUUGUUCAGGGAAACCGAUUACCGCACAACCGAAGGUAAGCACAUCAUGCCAAUGCCAGAUGGAGCACCACUGGAAACCGACUUUUUCAAAGUCAGUUGUGUUGCUAAGGAUAACAGCACAUAUGUCAACAUUCAUGCGGGAAUUGCUUAUAAUGCUACUGUGCAUGCGCGUUCUCCUGAGAUUCCGUUUCCAGCGAGUGCUAUGGGAUAUAAUGUGCUGAUGAUUGGUUUUGACUCUGUGUCUAGAAUGACUUGGUUGAGAAAACUUCCCAAAACGCAUGCGUACAUAACCAAAGAGCUAAAUGGAAUUCUGCUGGAGGGUUACAAUAUCGUUGGCGACGGAACACCUCAGGCUCUGUUACCAAUACUGACAGGACAAACGGAGGAAGAGCUUCCCGAGGCCAGAAGAUCUAAGGCUGGGGCCAAACCUGUCGACAAUCACCCUUGGAUUUGGAAAGAAUUUCAAAAACUUGGAUAUGUUACACAGUGGGCAGAAGAUGAAACGGACAUAGCUACAUUUACGUACAGAAUGUUGGGGUUUAAGGAUCAACCAGUGGAUCAUUAUAUGAGGCCAUUUUACAUUGUUGCCGAAGGUAUGUACCGGAAGUUUGAGCGGUUCUGUUUAGGAUCUGCUCCUAGACACACGGUCUACUUAAAUUGGGUAAAAGACACUUUCCGUAUGUAUACGAAGAAGAGAAAAUUCAUGUUUGGGUUUAUUAGUGAGUAUAGCCAUUCUGAUAACAACAACCUAGGGCUUAUGGAUUCGGAUGUAAAUGACUUUUUGCACUUCCUCCAAGAUGGCGGUCAUCUGGAUCACACGAUUCUGAUCAUGUUUGGUGAUCAUGGAGCCAGAUUUGAUAAGAUAAGAGAAACCGUUCAGGGGAAACUUGAGGAGAGAAUGCCUUAUUUUGUUUUCCGAUUUCCUCCAGAAUUCGAAAAAAGGUAUUCAACAGCUUUGAAAAACUUUCGCACUAAUUCUCUCAGGCUUUCGACUCCGUUCGAUAUUCAUGAGACAUUUAAAGACAUUUUGGAUUUCAGAAAUAUAGAAAAGGGCAACAUUUCUCACAGAGGAAUAAGUCUUUUUAGUGAAAUUCCCAAAGAAAGAAGUUGUGGAAUGGCAGGUAUAGAGCCACAUUGGUGUGCAUGUUUAAGCUGGGAGACUGUCAAAUAUAACGAUACAGAUGGAAAAGGUGCGGUUACUGCGACAGUUAAAUUUAUUAACUCUAUUAUAGAGCCUUUUAAAGACAAAUGUCUUCAUUUAACACUUCUGAACAUCACCCGAAUAGUUAAAUAUGUGACAAACAAUGAUAUGCUUAAGUUUAAGAAAAGUAAAGAUGUCGACGGAAGAGUAGCCGAUUUAUCAGGAAAAGUUUUGCCUACAGAAACUUUAUACCAAGUGACCUUCAAAACUACACCUGGCAACGGUCACUUUGAAGCUACAGUCCGACAAAACGCAGAGAAAACCAACUACGCUAUUAGUGAGCAUGAAAUCAGUCGGAUCAAUAAGUACGGCACUGAUCCUGUUUGUAUUAUGGAAACUCGUCCACUUAUACGUCCAUACUGUUAUUGUAAGUCCAAAUUAACCAAUAACGGUGAAUGAUCUUGGUAAUGCAUGAUACGGCAAUUUACUUUCUUGUUCCGCGCUUGUUCAAUAGCACAUCGUCAGUUAAUACCAUAUAAAGGUUGACAUCACGUGGUAAAGUGAAAGUUUUGAGAGACGGCUGUAAUCCUUCUCUGCUAUGAUCGUGACAGGCGCAUUAUAACAAUCCGAAAUGGGCACGAUAAUGUUGGAAUCAAUCUAUCGUGCUGUGUCCAAUUGUUCUUUUAUCCCAUGUCGGAUCAUGAAACCAUCCGAAAGGAAGUAUGGAAUUCAAAGAAACACAGUUUACUUUUCAAGCAAGUAAUAUUGAUUGUUAAUCUGACAUAUUUCGCCAUCAUUAUUUAUUGUGAAAGACAAAGAGGAAAAAAGAGUAAAUUCAGCAAUGCUAGAAUGGCCACUGAAAAAUGUAUCUGAAAACAUCAACUUAGUUUGAGUUCCAAGUCCACGGUAGCCAUUGUAGUUGAAAUGUGACAAGGACAACGAUUUGUUAUGGUCAAGACAUUUCUUUUGUACGAGUUAAGAAAAAAGAACAACGAUACAAAGUAAUCAUUAAUACAUUUCUUUCGUAGCUGAAUGUAAAAACAGGAAAUGCGUGAGGCGGCGUGAUUGGCUAUAAAUGUCGUUAAUGUUCUUUAUUUAAAGGAUACGUAAUUAUUGCUCUAUCAUAUAGAAUUUUAGAAAUGUUUGGUUUGGUUUUAAUUUGUUCAUAUCCUUUGGCGAUGGAUGAUAUGAAAAUCGCAUCACGAGAUUCUUAAAUUUUAUAUCAUGGAACACGAAUGUUAUAUUUUGUUUAUCUCUUCAUUGUUAAAUGUAUCAUAUCCGUGCGUAACCUUCUUCAAAGUUCAACUCUUUGGCAUUAAACUGAAGGGUUUCACUGGCGGUCAUUUUAGGUCCAGGCUUUUUUUAUACGUCAAUAUCUCGUCCAUAUCAGUGCUAUAGUUGCGUAUAAAUCUUUAUCUUUACAAGAAGAAAACAAAAACUUUUGGAAUACGGUAGUUUUUUUUUAUUCCCCUGCGAAAUCGGUGUGUCUCUCCAUUUUAUCCCGUCAACGCGAAACGUGAACGUGGAACUUUGUGCUUUCACGGCAUGCAUAAUGGUAAAUGUGCAUAAUUUCUUUUGGUUCCAUUCCAUGAAUUAUUGUCCAAAUUGGCGCCACUCGAAGAUAGAGUUCUAAGCCAUGUGAACAUAAGCCCUCCUACAGUUAUCAACAGACAUUUAGAAAACUUGGCAAGUGUUUUGUGGACAACAUGUGAGUGAGGUUUCUUGGUUCUAAGCAGUAUUGAAUGAAACCGCUAACAUAAUAACGCGCUCGGUACGGGGGUUGUUUUACAGAUGAUGAUGAUGAAGUAGUUUUUAUGGCGAUAGUGCAAACGUUUAGUAAAUACUUUUAGUUAUGAACCGUUCUGGCGUUUUUCUUCAACUCCUAUCAAUGCGGUCACAUACAUAAGCUUACAAAAUGUGUAGUCAGGUUAAUACUUGACUCCACAGGAUUGUCAACUCUGGCAUUUAACUGCAGCGCAGGUAUUGGUCAUGCGAUGUAUAUGUAGCGAAUGAGCAGAAUGUGGUCAGAUAUCGAUUUCACAUAUAUACGUUACCUCGGGCCUUUCAGCGUAGAAAAAAGUUUCAGCUUCGAAAUACACAGGACAAUUGCACUCGCAGAGUAAUCUCCCUUUUCGAGACUGGCUAAUACUCCCAUGGGAGUCGCAAUGUUGGACGCCAGCUUUCGCAAAUAUUUGUUACUUUGCCAUGUGAUUUAACGCUGGUUCUACUUCAAAUGUACUAGCUACAUGAUCAAUGUGUUCGACAUUUUACUUUGAUAAAUUUGAUAACCAUUUGGUAUGAAUAACCUUUGUUUAUAUUUUUUAGAUGUACUUAAGUAUCUUUCAAUCGAUGCAAGUCACUGUUUACCUUUCGGAAACUUUAUUAGUAUUUUAUUUAUAUUCGCAUGUUCCCAGCAGCUAUAUGCCACAUUAAUUGCGCUCAUGUUAAGGAAGAAUACAAGUGUAAUAGAAGUUUAAUUCCAUAAAAAAUUGAAUAACAAAAAAGGAAACGAAGGACACAAAUAAUUGGAUAUCUCUUGUAUUGUUUCAGGUAUAAUUUUUCUAGUGGCCGUAUUAUAAGUUUAUUGUAAGUGGUAGUUGUGUUUUUUACUUUACAUUCUAUACUUCAACCAUUGUCAUGAACACCUAGGAAAGAAUAUUGAAUGAAUUAGAGAUGUGAAGAGCCAUAAUUUAUGAGUUAUAUUUGACUGUCGUGGCUGCUUUGGUUUAACCUGAUCUCGCCAAGCGUUUUCUCUGUAACAAGUUUGAGUAGUAUGAAAGGAUACCUUGGAUGUAUUUUAUCGCCACUGAGUAACAGUGCACGUGUAUGUUGUGAGUAUUGUAUUAUUAAUGAGGACUGGUGUCAUAUUGCAAAUGUCUUACAUGUUAAACCUGUUUUGUAUCCUUUUGAGAUCUCUGUACCGCUGCCUGCUGAAUUGUUGAAAACAUUGCUUUACUUCGGUCGAAUUGUAUACACUGCCAAUAAUUUGGAAAUAGAAAAGUGCUAACGGCUUCAUCAUGUCUUUUUGUAUUAUACUUUAAGUGCCAUAGCCAACGAGUCUCUCUCUAUACUGCAGCCGGUUAAAUUCUUGUAAAUAUUCCUUCGCUCAAUACGGUAAAAUUGUAUAUAUUGUGAAUACUCUGUGGGCGGAAAAGUGCUAACGGCUUAAUUAUGAGCUUUCUGUAUAUGUUACUUUAAGUGCCAUAGUCUCUUCUAGAGUAGCGGAAGAAAGUGCUAGUACAUUUUAAUGACAAGGUUAAUCAAACCAAUUUGGGAUAUUAUACUUUGCUGUGUAGUCUCUGUGAGAUAUAUUUAGUCAGACAGCGAAUUUGAGGAUUAUGUAAAAAACGUUUCUACUUUUUUUUAAAAAGAUUUCUGUGGUUUUUUGUUUGUUUUGCUUUUAUAUUUUUUACUGAAAUCACUCUAAAAUGGUGUUGGAAACGUGGGUCAAUGUAUAUGAUAGCAUUUAUACUCUCUCUAUACCACAGCCGGUUGAAUUCUUGUGAACAUUCCUACGCUCAAUACGGUAAAAUUGUAUAUACUGUGAAUACUCAGUGGGUGGAAAAGUGCUAACGGCUUAAUUAUGAGCUUUCUGUAUAUGUUACUUUAAGUGCCAUAGUCUCUUCUAGAGUAGCGGAAGAAAGUGCUAGUACAUUUUAAUGACAAGAUUAAUCAAACCAAUUUGGGUAAUUUGGUUAUGUAAAAAAACAUUUCUACUUUUUUAUGUUUCUGUGGUUUCUCUUUUGAUUUGCUUUUUUAUUUUUAGUGAAAUCACUCUAAAAUGGUGUCGGAAGCGUGGGUCAGAGCAUAUGAUAGCAUUCAUACUUGAUACACUAUAGGUAAUUUUGUACCAAGUAAAGCUUUCCAAGAAAGUUUCCUUUGACUUUAUUUUUCAAAAUAAAAA